UUCGUACACAAAAUUGCAAACAAUUCCAUAAUAAAUGUAAUUAAAAAGUUAAUGUCAUAUAAAUAAGAAUAUAUUUAUUAAUACUAUAUGAUUUAGAAAGCAGUCAAACAUGAGUUGUGCGGUACUUGUAAUUUAGAUUCAUAAACUUAAAAUGCAAUAAUUACGCAAUAAACGUUUAUUUAAGGUCCUUGCGAAAAUGUGUCGGGCAAAGUUUCAGUUCGUUAUUCGAUCUGAAAGGACGUAUCGUCAUUUGUCUUCCUUCACGUAUCAAUCUAGCCUUCAAUGGAGUCCAUACCGAAUGAUUCUCUAUUAGAAUUUAACCCUGACACUCUACAAUACUUAAGGAAACAAUACUUGCUUGAUACACCUGGAAGAAUUGAAGAGGCUGUUAAUCUUUUAGAAGAAUGGCUGAAGAAACAAGCACAUUUUAUUCGAAAAGAAUUUUCGAGGGAUUACCUGGAGAGAACAAUAAUUAUAAGUAAGGGUUCCGUGGAAAGAGCGAAGAAAAAAUUAGAUAGUAUAUGUACCUACCGUACAUUAUACCCUCACUUUUUUAAUUAUUUUAACGUUGAGAACAACAAACUUCUGGAUGAUUUUUACGGAUGUUUUCUGCCAAAAUUAACAAACGAUCACUACAGAGUGUACGCUGUUAAAAAUCAAAUCAAGAAUACAGUUGAAAGUGGAUUCUUAGAUUAUUAUCGUUUUUACUUUAUGUUGUGUGAAUAUGUUCAAGCUCACGAUUAUUGUAAUGGUCUGGUGAUUUUCGUGGACUACUCCGAUGCAAACAUCAUGGAAUCGAUAAAAUGGAUAACUGUCACAGACAUGACACGUCUGAUGGAAAUAAUGAGGGAAGGAUAUGGAAUGAGGAUAAAAGGUAUUCACAUUUAUACACAAUCUAUGGCAAUAGACGCACUGGUUUCUAUUAUGAAACAAGGGACCAGUCCUAAGGUUGCCAAUAGAUACAAAGUGCAUAAGACCUUAGAAAGCGUCUAUGAUUAUAUACCCAAAGACAUCUUGCCAGUUGAAUAUGGAGGCAAAGAAAAACCCUUGUUUGAUCUUCACAAAAAAAUGAGAAAUAUUUUUGCUAACGAAUUCAAGGAUUACUUAGAAGAAAUGAGACAGGCAGGAGUGAACGAAAAUCUCAGAACAUCGGAUUCUGUCAAUGGAUCUCAAUAUUUGGGAAUAUCGGGCACUUUUAGGCAAUUGAAUGUUGUAAGCCUCAACUACACGACGGAGGUAGGCAGCCACCCAGUGAUACCGGAGUGUCUCCAGAAUGCAGCUUCAGGGCACCGAGUUAAAGGCGUUUGCGAUAUCCAGCGACAUCGCCACGGCAACCCUCCCUCUAACCACUGCAUACCCCGUCGUGAGGCCUCUCACCGGACCUCUACCUGCCAGGUGUGCGAUGAGGCGCGUCCAGAGCCUGAAUGCAGAGCCUACGGCGCCUGGUGUAUCGGCGUCGCACUCCGAUGCACUCACCGCGCAGCGCAGCCAGCUUUCGGGACUACCAAUACAGUUGACGCUUGCGCUGGCCCAGACGGACCAGAGGCGUCGCCACGUCACAAAUCCUGGACAUGGCUUCCUGAAGCCAUCUUGCCUCCUCGUUCACUUCGGCAGGCCUUUCUGGUGGAAUUACCCAAGCCUGCACGAUUACAGCUUCGAGGAACAGCUCUCGGUUUAGCUGCCUCAGGGCCCAUCGCGGUCCACUGGGGCCUGCCUGACCAACGGAUCUUUGGACUCGGCGGAGACGUUGAACCGGAUAAACUGGUGGUCGGAAUACGUCUUCACGUCCUCCACGACGCGCCACCGGCUAUUAAAUCGAAAUUUCCCGAAACAUGGAGUAACAGGAAUACAGAAAAAGUAAUCACAAUGGAAUCUAUACCAAAGGACUCUUUAUUGGAAUUUAAUCCAGAUACUCUUCAGUUUCUUAGAAAACAGUACAAUCUGGAUACACCCGGCAGGAUUGAAGAAGCAAUUGAAAUUUUGUCAGAAUGGCUCAAAAAACAAAAGCAUUUCCUAAGAAAAGAAUUUCCAAAAGAUUAUUUAGAAAGAACAAUUAUAAUAAGCAAAGGUUCUGUUGAGAGGGCAAAAAAGAAGCUGGACAGUAUAUGCACCUAUCGGACCCUGUUCCCUGAAUAUUUUACCGUCUUUAAUGUUCAGGAAAAUGAGCUCUUGGAUGAAUUUUAUGGAUCUUUUCUACCCAAACUAACAAGCGAUCACUACAGAGUAUAUGCUGUCAGAAACAAAAUAAAGAAAACAUGUGAAAGUGGAUUUUUAGAUUUCUACCGAUUUUUCCUCAUGCAAUGCGAAUAUGUCCAAGCGCAUGACUACUGCAAUGGCCUUAUUAUUUUCAUUGACUAUUCCGACGCAAACAUCAUGGAGUCGGUAAAAUGGUUUAACAUAAGUGACGUGAAACGUAUCCUGGAUAUAAUGAAGGAGGGAUACGGUAUGAGGAUAAAGGGUAUACACUUCUAUACAGAAUCAAAAGCCGUCGAUGCCCUUGUAACAAUUAUCAAACAAGGAGCUAGCCAAAAGGUGGCCGGCAGAGUCCAAGUACAUAAAACAUUAGACAAAAUUUACGAAUACAUUCCCAAAGACAUUAUGCCGUUAGAGUACGGAGGUCAAGAAAAACCAUUAUUUGAACUGCAUAAAAAGAUGCGACAUAUUUGUUCUUCGGAGUUUAAGAGUUAUUUAGAGGAAAUAAGACAAGCUGGAACAAAUGAAAGCCUGAGACCAGAAGAUUCAGUAAAUAAAUCGCACUAUAUGGGAAUAUCCGGGACAUUCAGAAAUUUAAGUGUUGAUUAAACUAUUCAACAUCUCUAUAGUGAAUUCGAUAUCAUUUUUAUGGUAGUUUAGAUUCAAUAAAAAAAAAUACAAAAAACAUGAAUUAUGUAUUGAAGCAAAAAAAAUAUUAUAUAAAUUUCUUUUAGGGGUUGGAGAGAACUACUACUAUUAAUAAUACCUUAUAAGUAUAUACAUACAUAUAUAUGUGUAUAUAUAACUAGACUAUUCUUGAUGAUAAUUUGGUGUUGUUUUAAUAAAGGAAAAUAAAUGGUUACAUAGCAUUAAAAUAGUA